CGCCUGAAAAUUCCCCUUUCAUAAAUUUCAGAUUCAAUCAGUUUUCUAGAAGAAAUUGAUAGAGAAUUAAGAGAAAAGGAAGAAGAAAAUUUAGAAGAAUCAGAAGAGGAAUUGGAAGAAGCUCCCUUAAAAGAAGAACAAAAUUUAAUACUAAUUCCAACCCUUUCAAUGCUUAAAAUAAAGAAAAGAAUAAAAAAUGAGGAGGAAGAAUUAAAAGAGAUUAGAAGACAUCCAAGAUUAGACAAUUCUAUCAACAAUAAAAACAAUAGAGUUGACAAUUAUUUAAUUAAACAACAAAAUCGAGUUGGAAAAAUAAAUAAAUUGAAGGAAGAAAAUGAAGGUUUCUUAUUAGAAAAAAAUAAAUUUUCCCUCCUAAAUUUUUCAUGGAAGACCUCUCCCUUCAAUAAUUAAUUAAAAAAAUUCCCAUAAUUCACCCCCCUUUCUUAAGACCCAUGAUAUUUUUUUGGACGUAGUAAACUAUCAAAAAUAUUAAUUCAAAAAAACAAAUGUCAGAAAAUAAGCCUUUAAAAAAAUUUUUUAAUAGAAAAUCACC